UUAAAAAAUGCGCCAAUUUUACAAGUUUAUUUACCGCACUUAUACAGAAUACUCCCAAGAUGGUAGAAACAUUUAUCACUUCACUAUCUUUUUUCACUUCCAAAUUUCGAUUAUUUUUACCUCUUUUGUUUCGACUUUCAAGAGCCGUCAAUGAAGUAAUUUUUGUUUUGAAAUAUACAGAUAAUGACUGCUCCAACAACUUGUAAAGAAGCCAUAAAAAAAUGGGAAGAACAGACGGGUAACUCGGCUGACAAAGCGGAAGAAGUCAUCCUCUCCUUCCAAUGGCCUCCAAUUGAAAGGAUGGAUAAUAGUUUGUCAAUGUUAAUCAAUGUCAAGAAGCUGUCGCUGUCGAGCAAUAUGAUUGAAAAAAUAUCUGGCCUUGAGGCCCUGAGAAAUUUGAAAAUCUUGUCUUUGGGAAGAAAUUAUAUAAAGAGUUUCGCAGGAUUGGAAGCUGUCGGAGGACAAUUGGAACAAUUAUGGAUUUCUUACAACCUAAUCGAAAAAAUUAAAGGUGUUAAUGUAUUCAAGGCUUUGAAAGUCCUCUACAUGGGGAAUAACCUUGUGAAGGAUUGGGCAGAAUUCAAUCGGCUACAGGACAUACCGAAACUAGAAGAGCUUAUUCUAAUAAAUAAUCCAAUUUGUGAAAAUUUGGACGCAGAAUCUUGGAGGGCUCAAGCUACCAGACGCCUUCCCAAAUUGAAAAAGUUGGAUGGAGUUCCCAUCGUCCAUCUCGAAUAAUCCCCUUUGAUCAUGGAAAAAUGGAUAAAAAAUAAAGACAAUAAUCAUUUCGGCGUUUAACAAAUAUUAUCGAAGUGAAGA